AUGAUGGCGAUGGUUCUGAUCGCGUUACUGUCGGUGGGGAUGAAGACAGCGGCGGCGGCGGCGGGCGACACUGAGAUGGAUAUCAAUCCUGGAGUUGAGAACGACUUGUGCUACAAGAUGCGCUUCGAGGACACGGAGAUUCCCUCCAACAUCUCCAACGACACGCAAUGCCUGGAAGUCGUGCAGACGCAGAUCACCAGGAUUUCCCACGGCGCCUUCAGCAGCCUGCAGCACCUCAGGGAUCUCUUCAUCUCUGAGAAUUUUGCGUUGACGAGUAUCGGGGCUUUCGCGUUCUCUGAUCUCCCUGAACUUGAGAAUAUAGAGAUAGCAAAGUCAAAACACCUGAGACACAUCCACCAAGAUGCGUUCAAGAACCUCGUGAAACUACAGCGUCUGACCAUCUCCAACACUGGACUGACAGCGUUUCCAAACUUGUCCAAGAUCCACUCCACAUCCGGCACAUUUAUAUUUCUUUUGAAGGAGAACAACCACAUAAAGGAAGUCCCAGCCAAUGCCUUCAGAGGCCUCUGCACUCAAACUAUCUCCCAGAUAGAGCUCACCAGGAAUGGCAUCGAGGAGGUGGCAAGUGACGCCUUCAACGGCAUAAAGAUGAAAAAACUAUUCCUAAAAGGAAACAAACAGCUUUCUCGCAUCAAUGCCAACGCCUUUGUGGGUUCCAGUCAGUUGGUGGUGCUGGACAUUUCCGAGACGGCCCUCAGCUCACUGCCGGAGGAGGACAUCCUCAGUGGACUCAAGAGGCUGAUCGCUCAGUCCGCCUUCAAUCUGAAAAAACUUCCUCCUCCACAGCGCUUCACCAAACUCCUCCAGGCUGAGCUGACCUACUCGUGGAACCGCAUGUGCUCCAGGCCCGGGGCUGGGGAAGACCUUCACUUCCAAAAGGACUACUGCGACAACUCUUCCACCAUCACCUGCAGCCCCACCCCAGAUGACUUUAACCCCUGUGAGGACAUCAUGUCUGCUGUCCCCCUGCGGGUCCUCAUCUGGAUCAUCUCUGUCCUCGCAUUGCUGGGGAACACUGCGGUACUUCUGGUCUUGUUAGGCAGCCGCUCCAAACUGACUGUCCCUCGUUUCCUCAUGUGCCACUUGGCCUUUUCUGACCUCUGCAUGGGCAUCUACCUGGUAGUCAUAGCAACUGUGGACAUGCUCACACGUGGGCAGUACUACAACAACGCCUUAGACUGGCAGACGGGUGUGGGCUGCAGUAUCGCGGGCUUCUUUACGGUGUUUUCCAGCGAGCUGUCGGUGUUCACGUUAACGGCCAUCACACUGGAGCGCUGGUACACCAUCAGACACGCUCUGCGGCUCGACCGCAAACUUUGCCUGAGACACGCGUGUAUAGCGAUGACAGUGGGCUGGAUCAUCUCCUCCAUCGCCGCUUUGCUGCCCACAGUCGGGGUCAGCAGCUACAGCAAGGUGAGUAUCUGUCUGCCGAUGGACGUGGAGUCUCUGAAGUCUCAGGUCUACGUGGUGUUUUUCCUCCUCCUCAACAUCCUGGCCUUCAUCUGUGUGUGCGGCUGUUACCUCAGCAUCUACCUGACCGUCCGCAACCCUUCGUCUGCACCGGCCCACGCCGACACCCGCGUAGCCCAACGCAUGGCCAUCCUCAUCUUCACUGACUUUGUCUGCAUGGCUCCCAUCUCCUUCUUUGCCAUCUCAGCCGCCAUCAAGCUCCCUCUCAUCAGCGUGUCAGACUCCAAACUCCUGCUGGUCCUCUUCUACCCGAUCAACUCGUGCUCCAACCCCUUCCUGUACGCCUUCUUUACGCGCACCUUUAGGCGGGAUUUCUUUCUCCUCGCGGCUCGCUUCGGCCUGUUUAAAACUCGGGCGCAGAUUUACCGGACAGAGAGUUCCUCCUGUCAGUAG